AUGGCCGCCCGGAAUUCCUCCUUGACGAUCAAAAUGCUCAGCAAGAUCCCCGACGUGGACAUGUACGAAGAUGUCGUUCAAUUAACGACACCACUCCAACUCGAACCGCCUGUAUCCAUCUACAUCAAAAGCGACUCACCAUAUCGGGUCACCCUCAUAAAGGGCAAUAGUGUCGACGUCGACGCUGGCCCCCAGUCCAUCACCAAGAUCACGUCCUUCAGGCCGCUCAUCAUCGCGUCGUCAGCGCCGCUCAAAUCCGCGUUCGAAGAGGGAUGGAACAAGCUGCCAGCCGAGCUGAAGGUCCUAAUCCUUGAGUUUAAUGUGAAAGCCGAGAAUCGCGUCGGCGCACGCAACAAGGCACUCUACCUCCCAAUCGUCCGUUGUCGGCUGCUUCCCCACCUGACCAUGACACGCGAAAUCGCCGCAAUAGCGCGAGAGAUCUUUUGGACCAAGAACGAGUUCCAUCUAGAGCCGUCAUAUGAGUCUGUCGUUAUCGGAAAUGGAAGGUUGGACACCCGUCUCUACUUCGCCUAUCCCCCACAAGCAUCUCACCAUCUCAUUCGACGGCUCGCUGUGCGCAUCCGCCCGAUGAGGAUUGAAUGGCUGAAACUUGCUAAGCUUGCGAACGGUGACUACGGUUUCGCUGCGCUUCGCAACAUCGUUGUCGAGUUGGACAUGCGGAUUGUGCACUUGACCAGUGCGAGAAAAUUCAACGACUUUCUCACUAACACCAUCGGCGAUGGAAUCGAUUUUCACUGCGCUGGAAAUUUGAAGUUCCUUGCUCCACAGAAAGCCAAGGGCAGGUCAUCAGAGGUUUCGUUCGAGGAUGUGAAGAAGAUGUUCAACGGCAAGAUCAGGUUCGCGGUCGAGGAGACCAAGGCGGAAGGUUAA